CCAGUCUGUCUGUGUGUGUGUGUGUGUGUGUGUGUGUGAGAGAGAGAGAGAGAGAGAGAGAGAGAGAGAGAGAGAGAGAGAGAGAGAGAGUGUGUGAGUGAGCGCGCGCUGGUUCGGUCUGUCGUUCGGUAACGUUACAGCGGCUCCGGUGAUCUUCUUCAGGGCCGUGUGUGUGUUUCUCUUUCACCGGAGUAUUUGCACGCAUAUUUCGCGCGUGUUGCUCACUGCCGGCAUCCGUGUACGUGAAGUGAAGAUGCGCUAGACGCGUCUACGUUUCCUCACGGAUCCUUCCCACCUGUGAGCUUUGACCUCUGACCCCCAGCACCUGACCCCUGCCUCGGUGGCGUCCGCUGUGCUCCAGAACCAUGUGAGGGGUUUCCAAUGCAUCUCUGAGUGGACUGGAGCGCUUGCCUGUAACCCCGCCCCAUUUUAUACAGACCCCGCCCCCUCCCCUAAGCCCCGCCCCUGAUUCUCAAGAAGCUCGCCAUGAUGUUCCGGGACCAAGUGGGGAUUUUGACAGACUGGUUUAAGAGCUGGAACGAGUGUGAACAGACGGUGGCGCUGUUGUCGUUGUUGAAGCGUGUUUCUCGGACACAGGCCCGGUUUCUGCACAUCUGUCUGGACCACUGGCUGGCCGACUGCACAGAGAUACACAUACUAGAGGCAGAAGCCAACAAUGCAGCCAUCGUGAGCCAGUGGCAGCAGGAGCCGAAGGAGAAGGCCGUGUCCCUCCUGCUGUCCCAUCUCCCCCUGCUUCAGCCACGCAACAGCGAAGCCAAGUGCGAGUACAUGAACCUCCUGCAGAAGGUGCUGAGCCACACCAUCGAGAGCAGCCUGUUCGUGGAGGAGAGCCGGCAGCUGCUGUCCUACGCCCUCAUCCACCCCGCCACCACGCUGGACGACCGCAACUCCCUGGCCAUGUGGCUCAAUCACCUGGAGGAGCACCUGUCGAGCCGGCCGCCCCCGCCCGGCCCGUACCACCACGCCCGGCAGGGCUCCGACGAGUGGCCCUGCUCGGCCGAGUCCCUGGAGCCGGCGUACUCCUGGCAGGAGAAGCUGCCGUCCUGUAGCUCGCCGGCCGGCCAGAACGGGCACAUGCCUUUCCCCGGCACAGGGGGCGUCACCUCGCCCGUCAACACAGGACUGCCUGGUCAGGUGCACCCAAACCCACUGAAGCCCUCGAUGUCACUCACGCCUGCCAAUCAGCCAGCCUGCAGCUCUGAUUGGCUGAGCCAGGAGGAGGCGUGUCAGGGCGUGUCCGGGGCAGAACACGCCCCCCUGUCGCCCCAGAGCAGCGUCGCGUCGUCGGGCAGCGAGCAGACGGAGGAUCAGAGCAACGCGCGCAACACGUUUCAGGAGGACGGCAGUGGAAUGAAAGACGUGCCAGCCUGGCUGAAGAGUCUUCGUCUGCAUAAAUACGCGUCGCUGUUUUCUCAGAUGACGUACGAAGAGAUGAUGAUUCUCACAGAGAAACACCUGGAGUCGCAGAACGUGACGAAGGGAGCGCGACACAAGAUCGCUCUGAGCAUACAGAAGCUUCGAGAGCGGCAGAGCGUCCUGAAGUCUCUUGAGAAGGAUAUUCUGGAAGGCGGGAACGUCCGGAAUGCUUUGCAAGAGCUUCAGCUGAUCAUCAUCACGCCAAUCAAAGUCUAUGCCCCGCCCACUGCGGCCCAGAAGGAGGUGGAGCCUGGAGUUACACCUGUCGAUAAAGCAGCCAAUCCCGGCGAAGAGAAGGAGCCCGAGGGCUUCCAGACCCACAAUCCUCCAGCGUGUGAUGGAGAGUCCUCGACCGCGCCCAUCUCUGACGGAGACAUCGCGGGGCAGUUCACGCGUGUGAUGGGGAAAGUGUGUACGCAGUUGUUGGUGUCGAGACCGGAUGAGGAGAACAUCAGCUGUUACCUGCAGCUCAUAGAGAAAUGUCUUACACACGAGGCGUUCACAGAGACGCAGAAGAAGCGGCUGCUAUCGUGGAAACAGCAGGUGCUGAAGUUGCUCCGCCUCUUCCCGCGGAAAACCAUGAUGGACAGCGGCGUGUACCGGAGAGGGUGGCCGGCGUACGGAUCGAACUCUCUGCCCACAGCUGGAUCUGUGAGCGCAGGAUUGGGCAGACGUGGGCAGAGGCCCUUCCCGAUGCCCGCGCGAGGAGCCCCGCCUCCCGGACGCAUGGGCCUGAUGACUGCCGGCGGUCUGACCGGAGCGUCACCGCGACACUCGCUCGCUAACCCCGCGGCCGUCAGCGCACAGGGCCGACAGAACCUGUGGUUCGGGAAUCCUGGAGGCAGUAACAGCAUGCCGAGCCAGAGCAGGAGUUCUGUGCAGAGGACACACUCUCUCCCCGUUCACACGUCUCCACAGACCAUGCUUCUGUUCCAACAGCAAGAAUGCCAAGUUCCGGGGACCGAUCUGGAGAUUAACCCCACGCUGGAGUCUCUGUGCCUCAGCAUGACAGAGCAUGCCUUAGGAGACGGGAUGGACAGAACGUCGACGAUAUGAGCAUCAAGCCGGUGGAAGGGCUGAACGUUGACUUCUCCUCCUCCUCCUUCUUCUUCUUGUUCACCGAGUCGUUCGGCCGGUGCUCCAGUAGCCCAGCACACACACUCAAACAACACGAGUCACUACAGAUCACACACAAACUAACUGUGCAUAUGUUCUCUAAUAUUUUUCUACUUUAUUGUACUUAACUAAGUUUAUUAUAAAGGAAAUACAGAAGAACUAUUAUAUUACGGAAGGGAGAGCAGGAAGGCGAGCGAUCUGAUUGGCUGGACGAGGAACGGUGCUUUUUAAAAGGGCUUCGGGCCUGAGCCGGCCGUUCAUCUAGACGUCGUUUACAUUCUGUGUCCAUUGGCCUGCAUGAACUCUGACCUCCACGGCGAACUUCCUCCUGCGUUCGAGUUCGUGUCGAUCUCAUUCCCGUGUGUUUAUCCGUUACGAUGCGUUCUUAUUCCUGUCCGAGGUACGAGAGGUUUCUCAGCACUUAUACGCCAGAUGUUUACUACAGCCGCUGAGUUUUGUAAAUACGCCGGUAUAGGAAAAUCACAAUAUGAACCGAGAGACUUUAUGAUCCAAAUGAUUUUUAUACGCAGUGCUAUGAAGCGAAGACGCGAGCGAGAGGGGGAUCGUGGGAGCCGUCGCUUUGAGAGAUCGAGCUGUGCUCGUCAUGCCCCGCCCCCCUCCUUGACUGACAGGGACUUCCACCAAUGACAGACUCCGCCUCGUACUGACUGAUGCAAAACCCAUUUCAUCUUGAUUUCCUCCUCGCCACGAGAGGCCGCUUCAGAGAUUCGACCAAUCGCGAUGGUGCUUCUAACCGGCAGAUUUCUGUUGAUUCAUUUGUGGUGUGUUUCUCUUUUGAAUGGUACCGUCUGUGAAAACCCCAUUCAGCCUUAUGGAGCAUCAGAGCGGUGUGUGUGUGUGUGUGUUUCUGCUCUCGGUGUCUGUUUUAUACGUCUCUCAGCUGCUCUAUAUCUAGUAAAACUGUACUGACUGAAAACACGCUUGUUUGUUUCAUUUCUGUAAUGAUUCGGUCUGUCGCGUCACUGCCGUGUGUUUGUAGCGCCGAAUCUGAAGAAACCGGCCAAGAGCGCACGCGGCCGGGUCACGGCACCACAAAAUCAACAUUUCAUAUUUUUCACAAA